GGAGUUUUCAGGCUACUCCGCCGGAGCUAUGCCGAAAGUCGUAUCCAGGUCGGUGGUCUGCUCAGACACCAGGGACCGCGAGGAAUAUGAUGACGGCGAGAAGCCCCUCCAUGUCUACUACUGUUUGUGCGGCCAGAUGGUCCUGGUCCUGGAUUGUCAGCUAGAGAAAUUGCCCAUGAGGCCUCGGGACAGGUCUCGAGUGAUUGAUGCUGCCAAACAUGCUCAUAAGUUUUGUAACACAGAGGAUGAGGAGACUACGUAUCUUCGGAGGCCUGAGGGCAUUGAACGUCAAUACAGAAAGAAGUGUGCAAAGUGUGGACUGCCACUCUUCUACCAGUCCCAGCCGAAGAAUGCUCCUGUGACCUUCAUCGUGGAUGGAGCAGUAGUGAAAUUUGGCCAAGGCUUUGGGAAAACCAAUAUAUAUACUCAGAAGCAAGAGCCUCCUAAGAAGGUUAUGAUGACCAAACGGACUAAAGACAUGGGCAAGUUCAGCUCUGUCACUGUGUCUACCAUUGAUGAAGAAGAAGAAGAGAUAGAGGCUAGGGAAGUUGCUGACUCCUAUGCACAGAACGCCAAAGUGAUUGAAAAACAGCUGGAGCGCAAAGGCAUGAGUAAGAGGCGACUGCAAGAGCUGGCUGAAUUGGAAGCCAAGAAAGCAAAAAUGAAGGGGACACUGAUCGACAACCAGUUCAAAUAAUCCAGAGUUUUUUAGUUCACACUGGAGGCCAGCGCUUACAUCAAGAUGAAAUAGCUUCUUGAGUUCAAAUAAUCCAGAGUUUUUUUAGUUCAGACUGGAGGCCAGCGCUUGCAUCAAGAUGAAAUAGCUUCUUGAUUUCAAAUAAUCCAGAGUUUUUUUUAGUUCACACUGGAGGCCAGCGCUUGCAUCAAGAUGAAAUAGCUUCUUGAUUUCAUGAUCUACUCUCUAUGUCCCAGGAAAAAAUUUUCUGACCAUCCCAAUGAUUUUUCCUACAUUGUUGUUUUUUUCUUUCGUUGAAGUCUUUGACCCCAUUUCAAUUGCUUUCUAGGAGGUAGAUUGUUUUCAAAAUCUUUGCAUAAAUAAGUUUUCUGUCUUAUUUGUCGUGGGAAUACAUUCUUGUUACAUACUGGAAGAUGGCCUUGAACUUGUGAUCUUCCUGUCCUAGCAUCUCCAGUGCUGUAAUUAUAGGAAUGCACCAACCACCGUGCCUGGCUUCUGUACCAGUCCUCUUCAUGUGAAGUAUGCUUCUUCUGUGAUACAUUUAGGGCUAGAUAAGCCUCUAGUUAUUAAGGUACAUGUUUUUUACUUCUUCAAAGCUAAUACAGUGUUUAAAGAUUUUUGAAAAAAUAUGGUAUGGGAGGAAAGUUGCAGGAAUUAAAUUUAAAAUUGUUCCUUUUCAUUCUUAAAAGAUGGAUCCUUUUAAGAGACUCCGUAUCUGUUCUUCGAAUUGACUAUGGUUUGACUCUUUCUCCUGUCAGUAAAAAUCAGUUAGAAACCCCAACCUGCAGAAAUAGUUCUUUACUUAAAAUAGUAGAGUUAUGGGUGAGCCAUGCCAUAUCAAACUUCAGAGUUAAAUAAGGAAAAGCCAUGUAUGUGGCUGGGGGUGUAGCUCGGUAGUGGAGUACAUGCAUGCUUGGCAUGUGUGAGGACAUCCCCAGUACCAAAAACAAGAAAGAAAGAAAGAAAGAAAGAAAGAAAGAAAGAAAGAAAGAAAGAAAGAAAGAAAGAAAGAAAGAAAGAAAGAAAGCCAGAUUGUAGAUGCAGGGGUAGGAUAGCUCAGGUCUGAAUUAAAAUAUGGCCUUCCUAAAUAACCCAAAGGAGUUAGUCAGUCGGCUGGGAGAAUUACUGUGUGAGUACAAAGGAGGGGGCAUAGUAAGAGAAGAUGACCUGUGGGGUAUCUUCUUUUACAUUUGCUAUUUGCAGAGGACUGUUUUAAGUGUGUCGCUACUUCAGUGAUGUCAAUAUCCACGUGGUUCUUCCCAUGUUUGCCUGUUUUGCAAGGCGUGAGGAAACAGGGAGUGUGUUGCCCUCCUCGUGUUAUCUAUGACCAAUUGCACUUUUUAAGCACCCAAGGCUGUUUGUAAGGUGCUGCCGGGAAGUAAUUUUCUUUGCCUUUUUUCUGAUUUCAUUACUUGCAGGGAAAAGUAGGUAGGGGAGUAGAGGUAGAGUUGCGCUAGCAAAAACUGGGCCACAGAGGAUUGGGGAUCCUGGGAAUGUGCAGAGAGGUGCUGUUACUAUCUUCCCAGUUAUUCUGCAGCCAGUAAGUAGGGUCUUUCUCUGGCUAAUUGUUCUUCGCCUCGUUUCCUGUCCUAGUUUUGAGAUAGACUUAACAUUGCAUGAAUGACCAGCUGUGUCCACCAGACAGUGACCUCUACCUUUACUCCACUUUAUCCUCAAAUUCCUGUGUGCACAGCUUGGAUAUACCUACACCACCUCGGUAACUCAGGCUCUAGUCUCUGGCCACAGCUGCCGAUUAUUGCUAGUCUUACGUGCUUACUUCUUGUAGACCUUUUUAGGUGUGUUUAUAGAUUCAAGGGGCGCUUAUUUUCUUAGUAGUAAUAGCAACAUUAAUACUCAUUAUUCUCCACUGAGUACUUGGUGUGUGUCAGAUGCUGUGGAAAGCACUUUCGAGGUGUUAGCUCACUCUAACAAUACCUCCUCUGAGAUAAGGUAGCUGUUGUCGUCACCAUUUUCAAAUGAGUACUCCGGAAACUCAGACUUCCCCAAGAGCCACUAGCUAGGAAUUGGUAAAGCCAAAAAUCUGACUUUAGAACUCAAACUCUUUACUAUGCUGAACUGCUUCUCCUGUGGAAUCUUUAUUUAUUUAUAUGAAUAGUUAGAUCAGAACAUAGUUUCAUUUUAAAAAACCAAGUGAAGUACAAUGUAAAAAUAUUCAGCUAGAGAACCCCCUAAAGCAAUUCUGUGGUUAUACUUCUACAUAUUUUCUGAAAUAUUUGCUCUUAGAUAAAUGCCAACCAUUUCAACAUCUGGCUCAAGUUACACAUUUUGCUUCUUCUAUAGGAUUGUGAAACAUUAAGUUCUUAGUAUCAAGUGUACAUGUACAUUUCUUUAUAUUUUACUCUUAUUGAAAGUUAUUAAAACAA